AUGGAUACGCGAAGCCAGUGGUCUGCAGAGAAGCAAACGUUCAUAGACUCACUAGUGGCAAACCUCACCAUCCCUGACAUGGUUCUCCAGAUGCAUCUGAUGUUUGCAGAUAACAUAAUCGGACCGAAUUCUGAUAAUGCGUUAUAUGAUUAUGCCAUGCAGUCAGCGCCGGGGUCCCCGAUAGGCGUCAUCCACGACUGGUAUCCAACGAACAAAUCACAAUACAACGACCUCCAGCGUCUGAACAGAGCGAAAUCUCACAUCAACAUACCUUUCAUGCAAACAGGCGAGUGCCUCCAUGGCGUGGGAUCAUUCAAACAGUCCAUGUUUCCGGCGCCGAUAGGAAUGGCUGCAUCUUUUGACACAGAUUUGAUCUAUCGAGUUGGGAGAGCGAUCGGCACUGAGGCUCGUUCCAUUGGCAUUCAUGCGUGUUUUGCGCCCGUUCUGGAUCUCGCGAAAGAGCCUCGCUGGGGCCGAGCUCAGGAGGACUGGGGGGAAGACAGUACCCUAACAGCGCACCUGGGUGUUGCUUUUGCGUCAGGUCUAUCCAAAAACAGCACUUGGUCCGACUCGGAUGCUGUCGUUCCUGUAAUGAAACAUUUUGCAGCUCACGGCAGCCCUCAAGGCGGCCAUAACGCAGCUCCGUUCAUGGGUUACGGAGCUCGCGAGGUGCUUCAAGAGAUGCUAAUUCCAUUCAAAGCUGCUGUGGAGCUUGGAGGAGUCAAAGGGGUCAUGAUGGCUUAUAGCGAGUUUGACGACGUACCUUGCUCCGUAAACCCCUUGCUAUAUGAGGCGUUGGCCGCUUGGGGAUAUGAUGGCUUUGUUACUGCAGACGAUACUGGUAAGCGAGUCUUGGAUGAUAAUACUUACUGUCGAUGUGAGAAGUCGCUAACCGAGAGGAUCCCCGUUGCAGGACUUUCGGAGCUAUUGAACACACAUCUGGUCACCGACUCCGUAGCUGACACAAUUUCCCAGUGGCACAACUCCGGUGGGAUGAUUCAAUAUUACGACUUCCCCCUGGAUCAGUACAUUAAUGCCACCGCGUCUCUCGUUUCCAAUGGCACUUUGAGUGUUACGACUCUGCGCUCAUUGGUCAGGCGAGUGCUCGGUGUUAAAUACGACUUAGGACUAUUUGACAACCCUUAUAUCCCCGAGCAUAUCAACUCUCAAGACAUCACAGAUGCGCACGCUCCUCUCACGUUGGAAGCCGCCCAAAAGAGCAUUGUUCUCUUGGAGAACAAGAAUUCAACUCUCCCAAUUAGACCUGAUACACACGAUAUCAGCAGGAUAUUCCUUGGAGGCCCGUUCAGCGAUACAUUCAAUUUUGGGGAUUACUCAGGGCAGUACGGAGGAUAUCCGGUCAAGGACGCCAGCACAAUCCGUCAAGCGAUUCUCGAAGAGAUGACACGGAAUUUCCCCAAGACCGACUUGGUCACAUCUUGGGGGGCCAAUUCGUGGGAUUAUAAUGGCCAGUAUAACAUCCCGCCCUAUCUACUCUCACACAAUGGGACAUCGGGAGGACUUUUGGCCACGUAUUAUGCAGACACGAAUUUCACCGAUGCUCGAUACCAGAAACUGGAAACCCCUAGCCUAGACUGGGGCCUUUACCCUCCCCAGGGUCUUCCGUCGAACAAUUUCAGUGUUGUUUGGGAAGGGCGGGUGGCGAUCCCCGUGGACGCUGAAGUUGAUGGAUGGUUCGGUGUUGCAGUCUAUCCCAACACCUCAGCUAGACUCUUUAUAGACGGUGUUCAGCAUAUUUAUGCUGAGCCUACACCGGAAGGCAAUAUUCUUUCUAAUAUUCCCGGUCUCUCCUACACCUCAGUCAACGGAACAGCACCUCCGCCAGGCUCUUCACCAUUCAGGUUUGAGAAAGCUGCAUCCCAUAAGAUCAGGCUGGAGUAUCAAGCUUGGAAUUAUGUUCAAAAGUUUCAAAAUGCCAACUCUUUGAACGCACAAGUUCUCUUGUUUUGGAAUCUUGUGGAUCAGAAAAAUCCUAUACAGCAGGCCGUUGAUCUCGCUCAAACCUCCGACCUUGUCAUCCUAGCAGUUGGAGCCGCUUGGAAUAGUGACGGUGAGUCUGGUGACCGUGCAACUCUCCAGCUCUCACCCAAUCAAACUGCGCUUGCCAGCGCCAUCUUAGACCUGGGCAAACCGACCAUUCUCGUUCUGCAGGGAGGGCGUCCAUUUGCUAUCCCUCAGCUUUAUAAUAAGUCUGCGGCUGUUCUCAACAGUUUCUUCCCAGGCCAAUCCGGCGGGGCCGCCAUCGCGGAUAUCCUGUUUGGUAAAAUAAACCCAGGGGGACGCGUUCCCAUUAGCGUUCCAUACAGUGUUGGAACUUUGCCCGCCUUCUACAAUUACAAGCCUUCCGUUCCACGAGAGUAUACGGAUACCCCAUUUGAACCUCUGUAUCCCUUUGGGUACGGGCUUUCGUACUCGAAUUUCAGUCUGGAAGGCUUCCAAGCCUCAGCCAAACAGCAGACACAAGGCUCUGCCCCUAAUAGCUUCGACGCUAACUCUUUGAUCACAUUCUCGGUCACCGUCACCAAUACAGGAGCUGUUGCGGGAAGCUAUGUUCCACAGGUCUAUCUUCUCGGUCGCAUCUCGUCGAUCGUCCGCCCCGUGAAGCAGCUGGUAGCCUUCACCCGUGUUUAUCUUGCGGCUGGACAGGCCACCACCGUUGCCAUGGACCUGGACGUUUCUAGAUAUUUGGUUAUCUUGGAUCGUUCAUACAAGUGGACGGUGGAGUCGGGCGAAUACACCUUUGCGCUGCUUGAGAACGGCGGCAGCAGGGCCGAUACCUCGCGAAAUGUCACACUCACCUGCGUUGGAUGA